AGUAUAAAAUCUUGGAAUUGGAGCUUUGUUUCUUUCAUUACACAAUCCACACACUUUUCCAUAUUUUUAUAUCAUCUUUUUGCACCAUUCACCAGCUCCACCUCACACUCCAAAACUCUUGCCAAAACUCAAAACUCAAAUACUCCAUUUGUAGAGUUCCAGAAAAGGAAACUUAGGGAAGGGCUCUCUUUGAAUUUGGAACAAUCAAAGAAAAAUUUAUAUGGGUUUUGAAUCUUUUGAUAGAUAGAUAGAUAGAUUCUUAGAUAGAUUUUGUGGAUUUAACAGAAAACAAUGAGAGAAGAAAACCCAUCAGAGAAGAAGGUGAAAACUUCCAAAUUUGCAGAUCAAAAUCUGAUACCAAAGCCUCAAUCUCAUAACUCAAAAGGCAAUAACAAUGGCAGCAACCCUUCAAAGCUGAGGUCUGCUUCUUCAUGGGGUUCCCAAAUAGUAAAAGGCUUCUCAUCAGCAACAGACAGGAAAACCAAGGCUUCUCAACAGCCCACACUCAAUGUCACAGUCCACACCAAGAAACCACAGCCACUUCUCUCGAGCUCAGACUCAUCCACCAACCAAAACCAGAAGAACCCUUUCGUGCCUUCCCAUUCUAGAGUCAAGCGAUCGCUGAUCGGAGACUUGUCGUGCUCGGUUUCCGUCAAUGCGGCUCAAGUCCACGUCCAUCCUCACCGGAGACAGUCGUCUCGAGAUUUGUUUACCGAGCUUGAGAAUUUGAGAAGCCUGCUGCAACAAUCUAAGGACAGGGAAUUCAAGCUACAAGCUGAAUUGUCAGAAUGUAAGAGAAAUCCUAAGGUUUUGGACCUCGAAAGAGAACUAGAUGUCAAGAGGACUGAACUGGAUGAUCUUGUUCGCAAAAUCGGAUUGUUAGAAUUUGAAAAAGCUGAGAAAACAAGCCUCUCAGACCACUUAUCGGAGGUUUCAAGUUCAAGGGGUGAAGAAGAUAAUGAGAAUUCUUCUGUAACAUUGUCGUCUUCUUCUACGAGUCUUGAAAUGGAGGUUGUGGAGUUGAGGCGGCUCAAUAAGGAGCUACAGCUUGAAAAGAGGAAUCUUGCUUGCAGGCUUGCUUCUAUGGACUCUCAGUUGGCUUCUCUAGCUAAGGUUUCCGAGGAGAGUGACAUUGUUGCAAAAAUUAAAGCUGAAGCAUCUUUGCUGAGACACACAAAUGAAGAUCUAUGCAAACAAGUUGAAGGACUACAGAUGAGCAGAUUAAAUGAGGUUGAGGAGCUUGCAUACUUGAGGUGGGUGAAUUCGUGUUUAAGAAAUGAGUUGCGCAAUUCAUGCUCAACAAUGAAUUCAGAUAAGCCAUCUAGCCCACAUUCAUUGGAGAGGAGUGCUGAAUCUGUUGGUUCAUUCUCUUCUCGAAGCAAUGAGUACUUAGAAUGUAGUAGUGCCAAGAGAUUAAACCUUAUAAAGAAGUUAAAGAAAUGGCCUAUUUCUGACGAGGAUUUACCAAAUUUAGAAUCGCCAGAUAUCCUUCUAGAUAAAAGUUGGGUUGAUUUGGAGGAACUGAGAAGUCCUAGGAGAAGACACUCUAUAAGUGGAUCCAAAUGCUGUGCAGAAGAAUUGGUACCAAACAAGAGAAGGCAAUCUGAUUGUUUUGUAUGUACAAAAGACAUGGAAAAGGAAGUAGAACCGUCAACUCCUCAAACAUAUGAGUUGGGUAUGAUUCAAAGAGCCCAAGUCUUUGGAAAUGGGCAAGAAGCUAAUAAAAUUUCAGUUUCUUUUGAUGUUGAGAAAAGGGCAUUGCGUAUUCCGAAUCCUCCUCCAAGGCCUACACGUUUCAUUUCUAGUGGACCUAAGGAGGAAUGUAACACUCAAAUUCCACCACCACCACCGCCUCCUCCUCCCCCACCACCUCCAAAGUUUGCAGUGAGGAGCACUGCAGGAAUGGUCAAGCGUGCCCCACAAGUAGUUGAGUUUUACCAUUCACUCAUGAAGAGAGAUUCUAGAAAGGAUUCUUCAAAUGGAGGAAUUUGUGAUGUCCCAGAUGUUGCAAAUGUUCGUAGUAGCAUGAUCGGAGAAAUUGAGAACCGAUCCUCACAUUUGCUUGCUAUAAAGGCAGAUGUUGAGACUCAAGGAGAAUUUGUAAAUUCAUUGAUAAGAGAGGUGAAUAAUGCAGUUUUUCAAAAGAUUGAAGAUGUUGUGGCAUUUGUGAAGUGGCUUGACGAUGAACUUUGCUUUCUUGUGGAUGAGAGGGCAGUCCUAAAGCACUUUGAUUGGCCAGAGAAGAAAGCCGACACAUUGCGAGAAGCAGCUUUUGGGUAUAGAGAUCUCAAGAAAUUGGAGACUGAAGUGUCUUCUUACAAGGAUGAUCCCCGACUGCCUUGUGACAUUGCACUGAAGAAAAUGGUUGCGUUGUCUGAGAAGAUGGAGCGUACAGUCUACAACCUUCUACGAACAAGGGAUUCAUUGAUGCGUAAUUGCAAGGAAUUUAACAUUCCCACAGACUGGAUACUUGAUAAUGGUAUCAUAAGCAAGAUAAAGUUUGGCUCUGUCAAGUUGGCAAAGAUAUACAUGAAAAGAGUAGCUAUGGAACUUCAAUCAAAGACAGCUCUGGAAAAAGAUCCUGCAAUGGACUAUAUGUUGCUUCAAGGAGUCCGAUUUGCUUUUAGAAUUCAUCAGUUUGCUGGAGGAUUUGACGCAGAAACAAUGCAUGCAUUUGAGGAACUUCGCAACCUUGCUCACCUUCUUAACAAAAAGUAAAGAGGACAAAAGGAGGAUAGGGAACAAUCUUGGCUUACCAUCUCAGUGAGCUUCAUACUGAAAAAGUACAUACAUUUUACUACGUGCAGUCUGGUUGGGCAGUGUGAUUUUGCGUGGCUUGACUUAAUUUUUGGCUGUAGAAGUUUGGCUUGCAAUAUAGAAACGAAUUUUGUGUUUUGA